ACGCCAACCACAAACGCGAUGGAGGAGACGGACGAUUGGGAUAAUAACAGUAAUUGCAGUAGCUUAAUAACAUCGUCGACGGAUUCCGAUUGCGGUUCGGUACUCUCUGUAAUUCUCAACCCCACCCAGACGCAGGAUGACGACAGACCUGAGACGUUUACUUAUGCUGCACCACUACCAGUGGGAUCCUAUGCUCUUGCUUCGUGCGUGUAUGUACUAAUUGACAAGGGUAGAUCGAUGAGCGCAGACAUGCGUGUCAUGUGGUAUUUGAAACGUUUGGGAACCAUACAGAUGGUAGAUGACGACUUAGAUGCUGAAUCGCCUGAGCAAUGUAAAAUAAUGUCGUUUAUACCCAGAGAAGAAAAUUUGGAUAAAGACAGCUUUGCAAAUUCUAUUUUUGUUAUGGAUGCGUUUACUCGUGUUUAUUUUCUAACAGCCAUUUAUAAUAUGGUGUAUUGUUUAGAUAUGAGUCCAUCAAACUGUUCAGUUGAUAUUCAAAGAUGUCAUGUUAUGCUUGAUGAGAUGAAUGUGGCAUUACGUAGAAGUAUCGAAGGGUUUAUCAGGCCUUUUAUUGUCCCUGGAUCUGAUAAAAUUGUUUUUGAACCACAAGUUUAUGUCACAGUUAUAGUACAUACACCAUUUUACACCUCACCAGCUCAACAGGUACUGGUACAAGGAUGGCUUAUCAAUAAUCGUAACUUUCAAGAGUUUAUUAAAAUUAUUACAACAGAAAUGAAUCGUCUUGAAAACUCAUUAGCAAUGACUAAAAGAACUACCCGCAAACCAAAGUAUUUUAAUGAUGAAAAUCAAAAUAAUACUCUAGUGAGCAAUGACUCGAAUACAAAUCAUCAUCGAAAUUCGACAAACAGUGAUUCAAAUUUACUACCUACAUUUAAUAAUAAUCCUGAUUCAGGUUUUAUAAAUACUUUAAGAUAUGGGAUGUUAGCUGUUAGAUUAUUACCUCAAUCAAGCAUAUCAAAUUUAAUUGUUAUUACUGAUGGGAUGAUAACUUUAGCUGACAUACAAGUGCUUGAUUCAGUUUUAAAUCAAUUAAGAUGUAUAAGUGUGGCAUGCUCAUUUUUGCAUGUGUCUAGCCAAUUUCACCCACAUUCAGGUCAUGGAAAUGUGCCGUACUCUGAACUAAUGCAGCUUAUAGCAACAGCCACGUCUGGUACUUACUUAAACUCAUUUCCAAAAACAACACCUAAUUUAGUUGUUAAUUUUUAUCAUGAUAAAUUCAUCAUGUGGUCAUUUAAAAGAGGAGAUGGUGAUGAGUCUUCAAACAAUACAACAAAUCUUAGUUGCACACCUCCACGUGUUCGUCCUGGUGAAUGGACAGUAAGGAAUUCAAAUUUUUAUGGUAAUAGACAAACACAAUUAGUUACGAAAAAACAAUUUAGUGAUCAUAUUCAAGCAAAUCUUGAUAAUAUAGUGUGUUGUCGUUUGCGUGAAGGAUUUAUUAUUGAGGAUAUACAAUUCAAAGAUGCAGGAAAUUCAACUGCUGUUCCUCAUAUGAACAAUUCAAGUAAACUACAACUAAAAUUAAUUUUGCCAUGGACUAAUCAUAUAUAUAUAGAGUAUGAUAUAACUGUGAAAUGGCCUCCAUCAGUAAAAAAAAAAAUUGAACCAAUAGUUAUUGAAGAAAAACCAGAAUUAGUAGAACCAUCUACAUCAACAACACAACCACCUGCACCUAUACACUUAGAUAGUUUAAAUAUCUAUUACACUGUUUCAGUAAAAGGUCCAUAUGAGUUUCUACAUGACAUAACAUGCACUAGAACAAAAAAUUCUCAGUUAUUGUCAAAAAUACCUAGACAUUGCCAAUUUCAUUUGUCAUCCUGCCGAUCAUCAUCCAUUUCUGUUGCUACUGCUACAACUACCAUUACAAGAAAUUUGAAUUUGCUGCCAGAUAAAUCAUACAGUGGUAUCGGAAAGAAAGUAACUUCUAAGUAUAGGCAAGCUUUAAUUACUCGAUUUUGGUCAACUAUGCAUUCCAUAGCACAAACUGAUUUGUUGGUUAAACAUUUGGAAGCAUAUUCUCCUAGUACAGGUCAUUUAAGUAAAUCUGACAACUGUAAUCAAACGAUAGAACAGAAGGAAGUUCAAGAUCAACAACUCCAAAAACAAGAAAAUCAACAAACAGUACAAAUAGAAUCAACGUCACAGGUGAUACAAAAUCUUCAAGUACUAGAAACACCUCAGAUCUUGCAGUUAGAUGAUUCUAGUGUGAUUCCAAGUAACUUAAAUAGUAGCAACUCUAAAACAGAUACAGUGUUUAGUACUGAGAAAACAGAAGCAAACUUGCUUAAUUUUUUGACGUCUGAAGUUCCUAAUAAAAGUCCAUUAUUUAAUGGUGUACCAUUAUUUUAUUAUUUAGUAACUAAUUCAAACACAUCAUAUUGCUUAAAGCAGAAUCAAUUUAAAACAGAUGAUCAACAACAAAGUUACACUGAUCAACAACAUCAACGAUUUGUAGAUUUUUGGAAACCUGUUUGUACAUUAGAUCCUGAUACUCAAUGGCCCAAAUGGUUUUCUACCUAUAGAAUCGGCGGUGGUGUAUUAUUGCUGAGACAUGAUCGAUCAUUACCACAGUGGUUUCAUAAGGAAAAAACAGAUAAUGAUAGUCAUCAAACACUGACUUGCAAUAAAUCAUCUGUAGCGCUAUACACUUUGCUAAAGCAAUGGUGCACAUUUGUUUUAAUUGAUGAACACUCUUAUGUAAAAUGUUUAGACCAAAGUGAAACAUAUACUGAUGAUGUAUCAUUUUGUAUUGCACGAGUUUCACCUAGGCCACCAUCUUGCUGUUGUGUAGUAUUGCAUUUAGCAUUUCAAAGUUGUGUACCAGCUUCAGUUCACCAUAAGAUUAUGGAUGAGUUGAAGAAAAAUAUUGAACUAUUGGAUUCAACUACUACAAUGAAACAGUCUUCUUUUGAAGACCAGAUUACUGAAGAUCAAGAAAAUGACAAAACAGCUAAUACAAUUACUAUUGAAGAAUCGUUAACUCUAAAUAAAACUUCAAAACAUCAAAGAUAUGUGUAUUUAAUGGAUAAACCUUUGGAAAAGAUUUUAAUUAGAUAUGAACGGAUUCCUUCAGAAUUCACUACCGUGAUAUUUCCUGAUGGUUCACAACCCUCUUCUGCUGUAACAACAAUAAAUUUACAAAAGCCAAGGUCCAAAUUAAAUAUUGGGCUUUCCCGUGAUACUGUUUAUGAAUCAUCAAUUGGAGUAGAAUCAAAACCUGUAUCAACCACUACUACUCUUUCACGUUAUUUGUAUCAUAAACGGUGGAUCUGGAGUAGUGGAUGUAAUCGUUAUAGUCAAUGUAGUAAUAGUGUGUCUCAAAAAUUACAACUACAACUGCAAUUGGCUCGUACUCUAUCAGUGUUGACAAGAAUACGACUUAGAGAAGGUUUCAAAUUUGCGCACUCAUCUGCCGGCAUUAUUAACAUGGUUUUAGAAGUUGACAUGAUAGAAGGAUCACUACACUGUCCUAGUACACCCACAAGCCAUUGUGUUAUUCAAUAUGUUUUAUUUCCGCCUAACAAACUACAAAAAGAGCAACCAAAAACUUAUGAGUAUAAUAGUGUUUUUGAUCAAUUAAACUUGGAAAAUAAUGAGGAUGAAAGUUCAUCAAUAAUGUCACUUGAAGAGCAACAAAAAUUUGAUAAGCGUCAAAAACAAGGGAGACAUAUAGUUUCUUUUGCUGGUGAUAGUAAUGAUUGUUGCUCAAAACAUAAAACAGAAGAUGAAUACCAAUUAAUAACAGAAUGUUGGAUUGAGCCACAACACGGAACAGUGGUAGUUAAUGAAAAACAAAAUUAUAAUUAUAUGUCUGGAUUAAUGUAUGAACAAUUAGCAGAUGCGUUGUGGCAAGUGGACUCUGAUUGCAUUGGCUCACUAUUUACAUUUCAACAUAUGCAACAUAUGUGCAUGGACCAAAAUAUUUUAGUUUCUAAUCCAGAUAUUGAUUUAAACAAAAAGCGAAGACAGAGUAAAACCGUUAUUAUUGAUGCUGGUCGCAUUUAUAAAUUACCUUUUAUAUUUAAUUUAGUAAACUUACUACCUAAAUGUAGACAUCAUUCUUCAAUGACGUUCAGUCUUUUCACUGCAGAUCAUGAUUCUGCAGAAUUAAAUAGUACUAAAGAUGAAAGAAAAUUGAAUUACAUGUUGGAGCGUUCAUUUUACUCACGUUUGCGAACAUACAAUAAUCGAUCAUUUAACGUUAACGACUCAGAUCUAUCAGUAGAUAUGAAUCAGACAUUGAAUGAUCAAGAAAUUGGCCAAUGUUUCAUUAAACGCGUUAAUGAUACUCGUUUAAUUUUAACUGUUGGUCCAUCACUUAUAGAAGAAAAAUGUAAUAUUACGGAUAAUUUAUCUGAGGAUAAUAUUCAACCAUUUUGCCGUUCAAGAGCCAAUACAUGGCAUUACAGUAAAAGAGGAACAGGACAAUCAUUAUUGAGUGCACAGUCCCAAGAAAAUUCUACACAUUACUACCGAACAAUGUCUGUGGGAUCAAAGCCAUACUACAAAGACUCUGAAGAUCUGUCUUGGGCUCAACUCAGGGUUGAACAAAAUUUUUCUACUACUGAUAUUAAACAUAACAGUUAUUUAAGUGAUAUUAGUACUGAUGGACAAGAUUACCCAACACAUAUGUUUAUUGAUGUUUAUGACUGCCGACAAGAAGAUAUAGAAAAUGUUCUUAUGUCUGACUGUAGUUCGUUUGAUCAUUCAUUAACUGAUGAUUAUUUUGAAGAAAGUAGUUCUUGUGAUAGUACUGAGAUCAAUAGUGAUGAAGAAGUAGAAGACGAAAAUAUAAUUUCUAACCAAGAACAAAUUAUUUAUGAUGAUCCUCCUGUUGACCCAAUGUUUUUGGAAAAAUAUUUAUACAAAAUUCGAGUUAUUUAUGAUCGCAGCUUAGUUACAACUGUAUUUCAAGCUUUACAUCUGGGAUUGAAUGUUCGGUACAUGGACGUUCAACGUGCUGUUGAUAGAUGUCAGCAUCGUCUUAUUUCAUUUGACAUUACUGAUUACAUAAAGGUUGUAUGUGAUCAUUUUAAGAAAAAUGCUGAUAGCUGUUCUAUUUGUCCUGCUGAUAAUACGACAUUAAAAUCACAUCAUGAUAUGAUACAUUCUAAAUUUUCAGCUACAUUAGAACGCCACAUGUUGAAGCCUGUAGUAAACCACCAAGAUUAUUAUUUUUAUGACCUAAUUGACGAUUUAGACUGUGAUGAGUAUAGUAACAGAAGACAGAAAUAUCUAACUAGUAUUUUAUUAGGAGAAACAUAUCAUAAGACAGAUUUUGAUACACAUGAAUUAGAUGAACAAGAUAUAUUUCCUCUAUUUGUACAUUUAGUUUGUACUAUAAAAACUAAUACUGUUACUAAAAGUCAGUCUGUUCGUUCUUUACCUACUUGUAUUUUUGAACUAAUGAAUCAAGAUAAUGAUGAAGAAACCUCAAAAAAUAUGGAUUUCAGUAACAUAAAAGUAUCAUUGGAUGUGUAUUGUUUAAUGUUACCAAUCAAUGUUUAUGAUGACGAUGAUGAUGAUGACGAUGAGGUUGAUAAAUAUACUACAAUGAAUAGUUCAGAACAAUUACAUUUUCCAAUUAAAAAUAAAUCUAUAGUACAACCAUUGAAACAUACAGACGAUCAUGAAAACUCAUUUGAUUAUUUGAGUUCUUCUUUACCACCUCGGCAUGCUCAAGGAUUAGCAGCAUUCUUAGCUGAGGUGGAAUGGUGUAUGCGCGAUGAAAUGGCAGCUGGUCUUUUACUAUAUCCAACUGUUACUACAAAUUCAUUAGAAAAGAUCAUUGAACAUGUUUCAAAUUCACCACAAUCUCCAUCAAAUGAUCACCAACAAAUACCUGUUCAUUUUGUUGUACCUUCAUCACGUCCUUCUAAAUACAAUAGUGUUUCACUUUUUUUACAGAAACUUGAUCAAUUUGAUAUUAUAUUAGAUAAUGAUAAUGGUAAUGAACGUUAUGCUCUUGAGCAAUCCACAAAAGAUACAUUUUAUGUUGUGGAAAAAUAUUUGCAUCCUAGUCCUGAUAGUACAGUUUUUGAAAGCAAUGGUGAUGAUAUUGAAAACAAUCCUGAUUCUGACAAUUUUUUAACUGAUAUCAAUCACUCUAAACCAAUAUUACCAAAUUUUUGGAUCAUACUAAAAAUACAGCCUGAUCAACAAUGUCAAAAAGAACACAAAUCUGAUAAUAACAACACAGUAAACACAUUAGUAGUAAAUGUAUAUUUCCAUUGCAGGUUUUCUGAAUCAAAUAUACAAGGAAAGUAUUCUGCUAUAAUGGAAAUUGUUAAACAAAAUGUGAAUCAAGCAGCCACUGUUGUCAAUCAAACUAUAUUAUUAUGUCGUUUAUAUGAAACGAAGACUUGUGACCCAUUAUUGGAGCCUAUUAUUGAAGAUUAUGAUCAUUCAGAUGAUGGAGAUGAAAAUGGUAUUGGUGAGGGAAAGAAAAUCAUAAACCAUUUUACUCUCGCUCAAUUUAAGUGCCCAGUUGUAUGGUCUACCAGAUUUUCACUACAUCCUAGGCUUCAACGAGCAACAGCUAUGGGCUUACUUGGUAUACAAGUUUUGCAUACUAUGCUUGAGGGGUUUUCUGUUCGUAAUCGUCGAAAUAUGUUUGUUUAUAAAGAGUCGUCUGGUUCUGUGUUUUAUUUAAGAAUCUAUGAAAAUUCAAGUCAACAGCAACAAGAGCAAAAACCUAAUAAUACUUUAAUAUAUCCAUCACAAUAUGAUUCUGAUGACGAUGAUACUAUAUCAAGAUGUUCAUCUGCCACUUCAACAACAAUUGCAUCUACAAUAUUUUCUUCUAAUCAAUCAAAUUUUUCACGAAAAUAUUCUGAGGAUAUAAAUUACAUGGACAAUAAAUCUAUUCAAAAUCCUGGAACUCGUUCUUUAGGUGGGUAUUGGGGUGAUGUAGAUUCAAAAGACGUAGAAGAUUUGACAUUAAAAGUACAUGGAAUAUCACCUGUUGGUGAUGAAAUUCGCAUUGAUCUAGUAAGAGUUCUACAGAACCGAUUAAAUGAUGGUGUAUUAGAAUUGUUGACAACUAUGUUAUAUAGAAAUCCUCUAUGUAGAUUGUAUCCAGAUGAUGUCCGUUUUGUGCAACCAAACAAUAGUCAUCCGGAUUAUACUAUGAAAUUAUCAUUGCCAACUGAAACAAAAAUUACAAAAUUAUUUAUACACAAUCUAAAACGUUGUGCUGCAACAUUAUUGCUAUUUCCCCCACAAUAUGCAAGUCGUCAUCAUAGAUUUAACUAUGCAUAUAGUAUGGAAAACGAAACAAAAAAGCCUAUCAUUCAUUCAUUUUUUAUGUACAAUCAGCCAAUUGCUGGUAUUAGUGUAAUUGGUGGUAAACGUAUUACAAGUGGUAAACGAGGUCUAGCAUGUGUUUUAUUUGACAUUUAUUCAAAUGAAGAUCCACAAUAUGAUUCAAUAGAUUAUUUAUAUGACUAUCCUACUGAUCCUGAGUUAUUUGAAAGACAUACUAAUGCAGCAUGUAUUGAUGAUUUAAAAUCAACUUCUGAAUAUAGUGGCUACAUUAAAUUGUUUGUGUGGUGGCGUGGUCGAGAUAACAUGGAAGUUCUUCAACAAAAACUAACUUCCACCGUAACUUACUCUUUAUGGGAUAUUUAUAUUGAACGAUUUUUGUGGGAACAGCCUCUUAUAAUUGAACAGCCAUCAGAAAUAUAUGUGAAUCCAUUAUGCAUUCAAUUUUUAGCAAAAUGGAUAGCGUUUGGAGCACGCAAAUCGGUUCCGUUGGCAUACCAUUCUAAAAUAUUAUGUCGGAUACAUAUAAGUCAUGUACUUCGAGAAUUUAAGACACAUUUAUCUUGGUCUUGGUUAUCAUCAUCAUCAAAUAAUUUGCCUAUUUCUGUUCGUUACUUUUACGUUCCACGUUUAAAAUAUGGCGAGACACCAGUUGAUUGUGUUAAUAACAAUGUAAUAAGUGAUUCAGCUGACCCUUUGCAACUGCAAAAAAAACAUGAUUCUUCUUUGAAUAAUUUAAUGUUUUAUGAAUGGCAAGUACCGGAUACUGAUUCAAUCAUAUGUCCACCUUCUGCUGCAUGUAUCUUAAUAGUUGUAUCUGUAACUUCUAUCAAGAAUAAACAAAAACGUAAACGACAACAACAUUUAAAUAUAAGUAAUGAACAUAGUGAUUCAGAUGCAGAUAAUAGUUUUGUUGUGCCAGAAAAUCAUGAAAACAAAAAAACUGUUGAAGAUAAUAAUGAAACUUUAACAACCGAUGACCAACCAGUGACUUUAAACAAUGAUAAAGAUGAAGAUGUAUUACAAAACGCAGUAUCAUCUGAUACUAAUAAAUAUCCAAAACCACAAAAAGUUAAUACUUGUGAAAAAAUUAGUAAAUUAUUUUUGUUAGCUAUAUCUGGUCAGUCAGUUCAUGCAUUAUCAUAUAGUUGCCACAAAAAUGAAGAUCAGCCUAUUGCUAUUCAACGUUUGAGUCGCUGGUUAGAAUGGAGAAACAUUGCUUUCAUGUCAUCUAUAUAUCACAUGAUUGGAUUAAGAAAUUCAAAAUUAUAUGGCCAAUUUGGAAAUACUCAAAUUAAAAGCCAAUCAUCAAAAAUAAAUACUAACCUAGAUUUAUUAUUGGAUUACAAGAAUUAUGCUGCUGUUGUAGGAGAACAUGAAUCUUUUGAGAAAAUAUUUGUUGAAAAAAACUUUCGGAUAAAUAAUCGUGGUUCCAAACCACUUGAUAAUGAUACAGAAGAUAAAAAAAAUAAACCUUUAAAGUAUAAAAAAGAUAUUUUGGAUUCAUAUAUUGAGCGAUUGGUGAAAAAUAAUAAACAAAGGCGUCGCACUGAAAUGUAUCAAAAAUUGUUAUAUGACAUGUGGAUUCAAGUGGAUGCAGUUGUUAGCAAAGAAGCUUUUCGGACUUUUUAUCAACAUAGUAGAUUAAUUCAUUAUUGCUUAACACCAUUGUUAUUUUUACCUUGGUGGCGGUUAGAAUCAGCUGCUACCCGAGAUCAUUUAGUGGAUGCAUCUAAAUUAAGAAGUUUAGCUUCUUCACAUGUUCCACAAUGGCAUAAACGAUUAUGUGCAAGGUUGACAGUUGCUUAUGCUCAAUAUAUUGAGACUGAUCCUCUUUUUAGUGGUUUUCAACCGAUUCAAAUUGGUAAAUCCCGUGUAUAUAGUGAUGGUAUGAUAAUGGAUCUGGAUUGUACUAAAUCCAUAACUCGUUAUUACAAAAAAACUAUACCUGGAGCUUCUGGUGGAUUACUUUUAAUAGAAAUUGGAGUGUGCCAGCCAUUUUAUUACAUCAAGCUUAGUUGUAUUGAAAGAGCACGAAUUACAAAUCUUGUUGAGAAUUACAAAGAUAAAUGCAAAUCGUAUUGUCUUCUUGAACAAUCUGAAAAUAUUAUUCAGAAUAUGCACUUACAUUCAUUUACAUACGACUUUCAUGUACGAAUACUAUCAGAUAGACUUAGUAAAUUAGUAGAAAAACAGAAGGCUGGAAAAAGAUGUAAUUACGGUUGUGAUAUAUUAAUGUUGUUGGAUCAUAAAAACUCUAUACAAAAUAGUGCUAAUAAAACGGGAAAUAGCAAUAAAAAAAACGUUAUUGCUGGAUUUCUAGAUGAUUUUUUGAAAUAUUACACAUUACCACCAUUAUAUUCUAGUUGCUUAGUACUAGCAGGUGUCAUCAAGCGCAGUGAAAUACCUGUUACUGGCCUCCAGCUAUACGAAUAUUUAGUUGAAAACUGUUCGGAAGAUUGUGAAGGAAUGGCUGUUUUAAAAAUUGGUGAUAGCUCAUUAACUGAAGAUGAUGAUGGAGCAUCUCUGUUUGAUGAUUUUGAAGAUCAUGAAUUUCUAGAUUCUCAGCAUAUUUUUGGAAAUGAUUUGACUGAUUAUAUUCUUGUUCAUCAUAUGGCUGGUAGUGAUAUACAACGAAGACAAGAAUUGAAAAAUAAUUCAAAUGCUCGUAAACUGGAAAUGGAAUCAGAUGAAUUUUUUACUGAUAAUCAGUAUGAAGUAUGUGGUUUAUUUGAUGCAACACUUGUUAUGACAUUGUCAUCAGUAAAACAAUUAUUAUUGGACACUAGUAAUGAAAUAACUCUAUCAUAUUAUGUGUUAUUGACAAAUAAUGAAAAUUAUAAUCUGAAAAAACAAAAAACUGCUUCUCUUAAAACCAUCUGCAAUAUGCAACAAAGAAAAAGCACACCUGUUCGUCCACCUGAUCGUAGAUUUAAUCAACCUAAUGACCAAUUAUUGUCUGCUAGUGUACCUAGUAAUAGUGUUGGUAAUUCUUUAACAUCUGAGUCAGCUAUUUGUGGUGGAAGUUUGGAUGAAAACAAUACCUUUCAAAAUUGGUCUCAAUUACCACCAAAUCAUUUACCGUAUUUUAAGAAAAAAUGUAAAAAAAAUAAUGAAUUUGUUUAUGAUGAUUUGAAUGAACAUCAUCAACAAACUAUUAAGAAAAGAAACCUUAUAAAAUUCUAUGAGAAAAAAGCAGCAGAAUUGGUCGCACAUACUGUGGAUACAGCAGCUAAUCGUUGUCGUAUACAUUUACUAUGGAAAUUAUUUGGUGUACCAAUCGAUCAACAGAAACUUGGGAUUAUUGACGUUACAUUUAAUCAACUAGAAGAACUAGUGCAUACAGCUGUUUUUGUAAAACCACUAUGCGAAUAUGACAUUAACUACCGUCAUAUAUUAAAGCUACUUCAUAAACAACCACAAUGGUUUACUUCGUUACACAAAAUGAUCUCUGGACAAUCGACAUUAUUACUGGAGACGACUUCCACAUUACCACCACAGUGUCGUAUUUAUAGUAGUAAUAAAUCAGAACAUCAAUACAUAGUAGUCUUACCAAAUCUAACAGAAUUUGAUGAAUUUGAUGCAUUUGUAAUAAUUGAUAAUGGAAUCGAUUCAACAGAGAAACUUGUUUCCUCGACUGAUUCAUUAGUAAAUAUAGUUUUUAGAAGAAAUGUAAGUGGAUCUGAUGAGAUAGCUGCACUAGUAGAAACUGUUGGAGAUGCCAUAUGUUAUCUUAUUUGGCAAUCAAUCAAAUAAAUAUCAGAAUGUUAAUAGUGUCGCCUUAUGUUAUGUAAUCUUAAUGAAAAUUUUAAAUAGCCUAGAUCAAAUAUCUUAGUAAUAUUAAACUAUACCUAGUAUAAUUUUGUGCCAUUUAUAUAGCUAUAUUAUUAUUGAGUCUAGUCAUUUAAUUUUCCAAAUAUGUCAACACCAAGUUUAGUUAAUAAUGUAUGAUAACCAUUGAAUAUUUUACCUUAUCUUU